CAGGCCUGUCUACAUAAGAUAGAGGGCAGUGUGUAGAAACCAUCAUGGCUUUGUUGGAACGUCUGCACGUCUUGUACAACGAUGCCAUGGAGCAGAGAGAGCCGCUCUGCUACGGCUACCCGUUCAUGGACUCGCCAGUCGCCCUGCUGACCACGGUGGCCCUGUAUCUCCUGGUUGUGUGGCAGGGUCCAAAGUUCAUGCAGAACAGAAAGCCGAUGAACCUGAAAGUUCCGAUAAUCCUGUACAACAUAACGAUGGUCAUCAUUUCAUCGAUAAUUUGUUUUGGGGGGAUGUUCGGAAUUUACAAUCUGGGAGGGUUUAAAGUAUUCUGUGAAGGAUCCGGUGACACAAGAACCAUUCCAGACGAGCUUUUAAUCUUCUACUACGUCAACUUAGGCUGGCUGUUCUUUGUAUCAAAGAUGAUCGAGUUUCUGGACACGGUGUUCUUCAUCCUACGUAAGAAGAACAACCAGGUGACCUUCCUGCACGUGUACCACCACACCUCCAUGUGCAUGUUUACCUGGGUCGGUCUCAACUUUUUCACAGGGGGCAACAAUAUAGCCUAUGGAGUGGUCAACAGUUUCAUCCACGUCGUCAUGUAUUCCUACUACGCCCUAGCGGCCUUCGGGCCACACAUGAGAAAAUACCUGUGGUGGAAAAAAUAUCUGACCAAAAUGCAAAUUGGCCAAUUCCUAAUCCUAAUCGUCUACGUCUCGUGGAACGAAAUGUACGGGUGUGGAUUUUCGAGAACUUUCGUCCUCAUCACGCUAGCCUACAUCUGCACCGUCCUCCUCCUCUUCAUCAACUUCUACGUGAGGGCCUACCUCUCCUCACACAAACCUCAGCCUCACAAGGACACGGUCACCAACGGUCACGUGCACGGGGAAGGGGAGAGCCAGGUGAACGGAGCAGUAAAAAAAUUGAACUGAUACAUCACUCAAUUUGGUGUUUUGUG